AUGGAUAUGACCAAGAGGGCUUCAGCAUCUGUGCAAGUGGAGGGAUCAGGACAAGAGAGUGAGCGAGGCAGCUCCGAGGCACCGAGUAUGCCGAAACCUCGGAUGUGGAGCCGUGAGACAUACUCCGGCUCUCUCAUCUUCAACUUAGGUGCCUUUUUUCUUCCCGCACUCUACAGCACGCUCAGCAAGCUGUGGGUUGCCAGAAUCGAUGCAAGCCAAGUGGUUACCACCGAUGUCUACACCUACAUCGGGGUUAUUAUAGAAGUUUUAAACGAGGGCCUUCCACGCUCAGCGUGGCUUGUCAUUGGAGACAAGACAACACGCACUAUCCACGCACGGUUGAAUCUAGCGUACACGAUGAUCGUGGCGCAGGUGGUGCUCGGGACGGUGAUGACUAUCAUCUUCCUGGGAGCGAACAAGAGCCUCGCAGGGACAUUUGUUCCGGCAGAAGUGCGCCAGACAUCUCUGACCUACGUCCGGCUCUCCUCGGUCCAAGCGUUGACAUCUGCCAUGGAAGCCGCCAUCGCUGCAUCGACUCGAGCUUUGGACAACCCCGAUGUACCCCUGAUAAUCAGCUCGUCCAAGUUCCUCGUCAACAUUGUGCUGGACUUUUUGGUGAUUUCAAAAUUCCAUGUUGGCACCCGGAGACCCAGUGUCAUAACCCAGGCUAUCAUUCGGCUUGUCUGUGAUGCAGUCUCCGCUCUGGUUGGACUUUUUUACUUCAUCUACGUCGUCGUGAAGCAUCGAAAACAAGAAGCGGGGGACCGGCAACGCUUGAGAUUGACUCUCUCUGCACUGAGUACCCUUGCGCGCCCAAGUGUGUACACAUUUCUCGAGUCUGCUCUCAGAAAUGCCAUCUAUCUAUGGCUAGUCAAGAAGAUCAUCCAGCUUGGGACCAACUACGCAACCGCAUGGGGUGUCUUCAGCACCAUUCGCUGGGGUCUUGUUAUGGUCCCAGUACAGGCAUUGGAGGCCUCAACUCUGACGUUUGUUGGUCAUAACUGGGGCCAAUUUCGGGGGCGUACGGCGAACGCAUUUUCCAAGGCUGCGCGAGCAGACCUUUUGGAAAUCACUCGACCGGCUCUUGUUUCCUGCGCAAUUGCCUUGGCUUUUGAAACUGUUUUUUGUAUUGCUUUGUCCUGGAACGGAAUAGAGGGAUUUGCCUUCUACCUAUCCGAGUCGGAAGUUGUGGCAGAGAUAGCCCAGAAGAUGUGGAAGGCAAGCAAGCCCUCAGGUUUGAUAUGA